GAUCAUCAGUAUCAGUGGUCACGGGUGACGCAUGACAGGAUCCGCGGCGACCUAAUCCGAAACUUUACAGUGGUAGAGGUGGUAGGUGGUAGAUAACCUGGCAGCGCGCUGGACUGAAGUGAGAAGGAAUUUCGAUUCCACGACGUGCUUUCGUGGUCUGAACAUUACUGAAGAAAAGAAUGGAGUCUAACCAAUUUGACGAGAAAACAGAUCCCACGGACGACAUUGACGAUCCGGGUGCCGUAUUCAACUUCCCAUUUACGAUUGACAGUGAGAGUGUGCGGUUCCUGAACACACACGGACGUAUCUUUUUCAUCAUACGUGGCUUACCGGGUACCAGAAAGAAGGUUCUUGGUAAUUUUCUCGAGGAACUCUAUAACGGAAGCAAAAUGUAUUGGGCGGACAAAGUAUUUCUCGGACCAGUGGCCGGACCAAGAAGUAAGAAAGCAGUGGGAGAGUCGCAUGUAAUCUGCUAUGGCAAAAUUGAAAAGUAUAUGCAAGACAAUGUUCCUGUCAUCAUAAACCGCAACAGCAACGUGCGUGGCUUCGAAGUGACCCGUUAUAUUCGUCUUGCACUUCUCUACGGGUACACCAUCAUUCUGGCAGAGACCAACAGGAAGGUGUCAACCAGCCCAGAGCUGCUGAGACUAUCAAACACAAAGCGACUAGGGAAAGGCUACCUGAAUGACAGGGUAAAGCAGUGGGACGAAAUCUACCCACUAUACACGGGAUGGUUUUUGAGACCGUUGGAUGGGCUUCAUCUACAGAUGCGCUACGCUGAGAUCUCAAGUGUUGCUGCCGAGAAAGGGUGGAACAUUCCAAAAAUUUCUCAUGCCGAGGCCCUCAUCUUCUGUCUCGGACGGCUGUGCUCAUUUGGAAAGGAACCUGAAGACCAGCUCUACUGUGACAGCGACAAGGUCAAAGACAGCUACGGCGCAAAGCAUACAUUGACCGUAUUCGGAUAUGCAGUAGUAGACAACAUUGUUCUUGCUGCGGUUAGUCUAAACGAAGACCAGCUAUCAAUGAUUGCCAACCCAGACGACAAAGAGGAGUGCUCGGUCAAGACUGCUACUGGUAUACAGGUGGAUGACUGGGAAGCAACAAAAUGUUCUGUUAAUCUCGAAGACGUUGUUAGUGCAACUACGGACCGAGAGGAACCAUCAAAAUUGGAAAAAUUGGACCAAGUCCCAAGCGCAGACACGGUCAGCUUUAUUGUUCUGGGCCGCACAGAGAAGCAUCAAGGGCGUGAUUUCAUUUAUGACAAGGAGCUUUGCAACUCGUUGAAGAGGUUUUCGAGGGAGAGGAUGAGCGAAGGAGUUCCGCGUGGGGAACAGCUGUCUCUCGACCAAAUAGACAUCUACAAAGUGGAAGACGAGUUUCUGAUUGUGGACAGCAGGACCGUUCAAGUGGACACUGUGUUCACCGGGUUCUACCAGAGCUACAGCGUCUCGACCCUUCCUUGCAGACACUUCAACUCAAAAAAGGGAUGCCAGUAUGGAUCCAUCUGCAGAUUUAGUCACAAGCCCCUUUAACGUCAAUGGCAAGCACUGCGUGUAAAUAAUAGAACUAUAUGCAUAUAUUAUAUGCGUGCGUGUUGAAUCAAUCCUUCGAGCUUUGCAUCUUCUGGUUAAACCCGGUAAAACCCGUAAAUUCACCCUUCAGUAAAUUCACCCAGCAGUUCGACCUAAAAUCGACCGGGCCGUGUACCGUCUUUGUCUUUGAUCUUCCGGCAACAAAAAAUAUCUUUGUUACUUGAUGCCAAACAAUGAAAAAAUAACCCGUUUGCAGUGUCCAAACUGCAGCCAUUUUCGAUAAGGAGGGGGAGAAAAACAUACACUAGCCUACAGGCACGAUGCCAGUCAUGGCUCUGAAGGCUUAUACCCAACCACAACUGUAUAUGCUCGCCGAUGUCGGCACAUUUUUUGUUUGUUGCCUAGCACGUGGGUAAGAAGUAGACCCAUGACGAAAACCCGAGACUGGGAAAAAGACGAAAAACAGACGUUGUGUCGUCUGUUUUUCGUCUUCUUCCCAGUCUCUGGUUUUUCGUCAUGGAUCUUAGCCACCAGCUCACUUGCUUUUUAACCAUUUUAUCUGUAAGAAGUAGACGACUUCAUGUUGCUGUGUGUCACAUAGUUACUUUCUAAAAAAAUUGCAAAGUUGCUAGCAAACGGUAAAAUGUCCUCUUUUUGACACUUUCCUCAGUAUGAACCAGUCGUCGCAGAAGUGUAAAGAGAACUUAGUCUUUUAAAGCUCCUUCUUUUUGCAUAAAUUUCACGCAAUGUGUAUGCAGUGUCGCAAUAGCCUUUGUCCUGAUUCAGUAGAUGGUACUGCAAAAUUUGUCCCAUUUCGACGUUUCUAGCAAAAAAAAGCGCCAUUAAAGAUGUCGUUUCUUUUUCUUUUUUUUUUUACGUGUUAGAGAUCAUUCUUCCUUCAUCUACGGAUACAGCAAAAAUUAGUAUUCAUUCUCACUGUGGGUGUGGUGGCUAAUUUUUUAAGUGGGGUGGCGAACAUGCGCAUGCGUCGUCGAGCCCUCUCACCGAUGCUUCCCCUGCGUAAACUCAAGAUCCACGUGAAUUAGGAAUUACAGGGACCACAAAGAGAUUUCAAAACCCUCUGCAAGCAUAUGUAUGCAUUCCUAGCUGCUAAUCCGUUCACAUGUGGAGUAUGAACUCGACAUUGAUUAGAACUGCGGAGAUACAGUCAAACUCCUUUACAGCGAACACCUUUUUAACGAAAAUACCUUUACUGCAAAUUUUCUUUGCUGUCUCCUGAGUUUCGUUGUUAAGGAGUUUAACUGUAUUAACUAAAAACCGUGGCAAAAAAAUGCGACUACUUCGAUGCCUCCACUGCCAGCAUGAAGAAGAAACUGGGUGUGAUGUCAAAAGUAGAUUACUUUCGCCACUGUUGGGCUAGCUUGGUGUAACCUGAAGGUGAGCAGAGGAUGUAAGUGACGUCAGACUGCUUACAGGGGGUAUGUCUAGCGACCAUUUGACACAUUUAUUUUGCACGUGAACUGCGCCCGCUUUGAAUGCAGUAUGACUCAGCGAAAAUGUUCUGCAUGAUCUUGGUACAAAAAUGGUACACAUUGCAAACCCUCAUACUGGCCUGCUGAAUAGUAUUUUUGUACGCUUUUAACCGCGAGUUCAUUAGAUGUUGAACUUGGUUACUCCCACACAUAGCAAGAAUGAAGCAUCAUAGUCGCGACUGGCGUCAAGCCGGAACACUAGUGAAUUUUUUUCUCCUCCACUCUCUUGAAAACGGCUGCAGUUUGGCAUCGGAAACAUCGCUUUUUUAUCAUUUGGCCUCAGCCGACUUUUUUUUUACGGAAGAUUGAGGAUGUCGAGGUACACGGCUUGGUCGGAUUUUGGUGGAAUUCCCCUACAAUAACUGGUAAAGGCUAAGCGCCCUGCAUACAGCGCGCCCGCUUGGCGUCUAAUGUGAAUUUGAAAUGUGAAAAGAAGUCCUCUUUGUUCACCCUGUCUUGCCCAAUCUUAUAGCUCCUGAAGUAAAACGAGAUUCCGCCCCCUCUCCCCCCUUUCCCAAUUAGCUUCAACAGACUUGAAAAACAACGGUCUACCAAUGCUCUGUCACAGAGCAGCAACCUUGGAUUGUAGGAAAUCUACGAAUUUGGCAUGAAGACAAACCCAAUGAGGUCUUUCACUGUGCUACAAGAACAUGACUUUGUAGUUUUCCAUUAUGACAUUAAAUGAGACAUUUGCA